AUGACUAUGUGGAUGCAAAUUUCCUUUAUAGAUGUGGAUGAUUAUGAAAGUUACGGUGGAAUGAUAACUUGUCCUAAUUAUAUGAUGAUGGAUCCAUUUAUCAUGCUGGCCAAUGUCAUUAGUAAUGAGAUUUAA